UCGACAACAGCAUCGCGGUGGAGGACCCCGGAUGGGCCCAUGAACCCGGGGAUUGCGGACCGCCGCCCUGCCCGAGCAGCCCUCCCGUGAUUAAAUAGGAGGGCGGUGUCGCCGCUUCUCUUGCGUUCGCCAGGCACUCUCUCCCAGACCUUCAACACCACGUCAAGAUGCAUCUCCCCUCGUCGCUCCUCUUCCUGGCCUCCCUGCCCCUGGGCAUGGCGGGCAAGGGCAAGGGCAAUGGUCCCAAGACCGGCCUCGAUGCCCUCGCCAAACGCGCUGGCCUCAAGUACUUUGGUGCCGCCACCGACUCCCCCGGCCAGCGGGAGCGCGCCGGUUACGAGGAGUCGUACGCUCAGUAUGACGAAAUCAUGUGGAAGUCGGGCGAGUUCGGCUCGACGACCCCCACCAACGGCCAGAAGUGGCUGUUUGCCGAGCCCGCCCAGGGCCAGUUCAACUUCACCGAGGGUGACAUCGUCACGUCCCUGGCGCGCGAGAACGGCAUGUACCUGCGCUGCCACGCCCUCGUCUGGCACAGCCAGCUCGCCCCCUGGGUCGAGUCCACCGAGUGGACCCCCGAGGAGCUGACCAAGGUCGUCGUCGACCACAUCACCAACGUCAUGGGCCACUACAAGGGCCAGUGCUACGCCUGGGACGUGGUCAACGAGGCCCUGAACGAGGACGGUACCUACCGCGAGUCCGUCUUCUACAACGUGCUCGGCGAGGACUACCUCAAGCUGGCCUUCGAGACCGCCGCCAAGGUCGACCCCAAGGCCAAGCUCUACUACAACGACUACAACCUCGAGUGGCCCAGUGCCAAGACCGAGGGCGCCCAGCGCAUCGUCAAGCUGCUCCAGGAUGACGAUAUCCGCAUCGACGGCGUCGGCCUCCAGGCCCACCUGGUUGCCGAGGACCACCCCACCCUGGACCAGCACAUCGACGCCAUCAAGGGCUUCACCAAGCUCGGCGUCGAGGUCGCCCUGACCGAGCUCGACAUUCGCCUCAAGACCCCCGCGACCCCCGAGAACCUCGAGCUGCAGAAGCAGGCCUACAAGAACGUUGUCGGCGCUUGCGUCCAGGUCUGCGGCUGCAUCGGUGUCACCAUCUGGGACUUUUACGACCCCUUCAGCUGGGUCCCCUUCGUCUUCGAGGGCGAGGGCGCCGCUCUGCUGUGGUUCGAGGACUUCUCCAAGCACCCUGCCUACGACGGCGUCGUCGAGGCCCUGACCAACCGGACCACGGGCGCCGGCAAGGGUAAGGGCAAGGGCAACGCGAAGCGCGCCACCAUCUGGAGUGCCUAAAGCAUAGGUUGUGGGCG